AUGGAGGACGAAUCGAGUGGAUGCUUCGGCGUUCUUGAAUAUAACACUGCUAAGAUUGUCCAUAUUAAAAGUAAAAAGAUUGGAAUCCUUUAUCGAUUAGUUCAGUUAAUUAUUGUUGGCUAUGUUAUAGGUUAUGCAAUCGUCUACAAGAAAGGAUAUCAAAUAUUCGAUCAAGUACAAAGUUCGGUCACUUCCAAAGUUAAAGGAGAAAAUGAUGCUACCUUCGUUAUAACCAACAUGAUUAUAACGUCAAAUCAAACUAAUGGUAUCUGCUCUGAAACUCAUAAAAACCAUGAUGCACACUGUACUAAAGAUAUGGAUUGCCCAAAAGGCAUCCCUAUUAAGGAUGGUCAUGGUGUCAGAACAGGUAAAUGCGAUUUGUCAACCAAAACCUGUAAAAUCUAUGCUUGGUGCCCAAUAGAAACUGAUCAGCUAAAGCGAAAUAUUGCUAACGUAUCUUCUGACUUCCUAAAGUCGUGCCGUUAUAGCCCUAAUAAUGCUAUGAGUAAGCUCUGUCCAAUAUUUACCAUUGACUCCAUCGUUAAUGCUACUGGCGAAUCUUUUAAUCCGAUCGCUUACCUGGGGGGUGUCAUCGCAAUAUUAAUUCGAUGGGAUUGCGACUUAGACUUUGGCGAUAGCAAGUGUCUACCUGAGUAUACCUUUCAACGGCUAGAUAAUCCGAACGUUACACUGUCACCCGGAUAUAAUUUCAGAUUUCCCAUUUACUAUCAAAUUGAUAAUACUCAGCACAGAACUUUGACGAAAGCUUACGGAAUACGCUUUAUUUUUAUUGUUUUUGGACAGGCUACUGUCCUUUGUGAUAUCAUAGUGCUAUACUUUAUUAGAGGCCGAAUGUACUAUUAUGGACACAAGUACGAAGUUAUAGAGGAAGCCGAUGAAGAAUCUUUGAAUAUCUUAAUUACUUCAGGAAUCGUUUAUACAACCCGUGGAAAACAAACGACUUUGACUUUACUCUACUAA